CUAAAAUGCUGUCUAGGUAGGCAGCUCACUACGUUUUGAAAGACAAGUAUUCAGAAUCAGGGGAGGAGAAUCAGAGCUCAUGCGAAAAUGGCGUCUCCGAAAACAGUGCCUAAAGAUGCCCAGGUUAUGAUGCAGAUUCUUAAAGACAUGGGAAUCACGGAGUACGAUCCCAGAGUGAUCAAUCAAAUGCUUGAGUUUACAUACAGAUACGUAACAACUAUAAUUGAAGAUGCAAAAAUAUAUUCCACUCAUGCCAAGAAGUCCAAUGUGGAUGCAGAUGAUAUAAGGCUAGCAAUCCAGUGUCGAGUGGAUCAGUCAUUCACAUCUCCUCCACCACGAGAUUUUCUGUUGGACAUUGCAAGGCAGAAGAACCAAACUCCUUUGCCUCUGAUCAAACCAUACACCGGUCCACGCCUUCCACCAGACCGCUACUGUCUCACCGCACCAAACUACAGACUUAAGUCCUUGCAGAAAAAGGUGUCUUCGUCCGCGGGCAGGAUAACAGUGCCACGGUUAAGUGUGGGUGCAGUGUCCAGUAGGCCAAGCACUCCAACUCUUGGUACACCAUCAGUGCAGACAGUGGGGACAAAAGUGGGGACACCUGUGUCACUGACCGGCCAGCGCUUUACAGUUCAGAUUCCCUCUUCACAGGCUGCCUCUGUCAAAUCAGCUACUCCUACCACUCCCACGGUUCAAAAUGUCCUCAUCAACCCCUCUCUCAUUGGCUCCAAGAACAUCCUCAUUACUACUAAUAUGGUGUCGCAGAAUUCAUCUAGUGACUCUACCUCUCUUAAGAGGAAGCAUGAAGAUGAGGAUGAAUAUGAUGCGUUAUGACCUACUGUGGUUUCUUACUAGUAUGGAAGUGAUUUUGUAAAUAAGCAAUUGAUAACAAUGAAAAUGCCUUUCAGUAGUCUUGUCUUGUUUAGAUUCUUACUCAAUAACAGGCAAUUACCAUGUAUUGUUCAUUUUAGGAAGUAUAAUAAAUCAAAUAAAUUCAUAAAUU